AUGGAAGACAUGGACUCGGCAUCCGAUCUUGUCCGCGCCCCGCCGCUCCGGGGCGGUACCCAUCCGGCAUACUUUCUUACAUCCGAUAGUGGAUCCGAGUCUCCGGUCUCUCGACCCGUCCACGGCAUCUGCACUCAUCACGUACUUUAUCGAGGCAGAUAUGUUUCACGGCAUUGGACUCCUCGGCUGCUUUCCAUUGGUCAGUACCGCUCCCUGAAGCUCGGUCGAUUCCGCGGUCCGGCGGUCCCCACCAUCACAGGCAGCAGCAGGCAACAGCACGACCAGACAUGGGCAAAGGGAGAACUCGACAAGCAACGUGACUUCGUGGGAAUCUCGCGUCCUGUGGUCGAGCCUCUGCGACUGUUAGGCGCCAUCCUUAAACCAUUUGAACUUUACCGUCGAGACGCGUUGCAGCCUAAUUGGAACCACAAAUAUCCCACGGCCGUCUAG